CAUGACUGGGAAUUUCCCUUCGCCUUGCUAUCUGCGCUGUCAUGUGAUCACACGUCACAUGGGGGUGUGUCCCCGAGUGUUGUGAGUGGAAUGUUACAGAGUCUGGAUGACAAGGAGGACGCAGUUACUGUGGUGAUGGCUGACCAGGCCUUUAACCAGGCCCCUGGGAUGGCGACGAUGAUGAACGGACACUCGGACCAGUCUCAAAGUAGCCUUUGUAACAAAAAUGAUACUGAAAUGCUGGAACAGAUUAAGGAGCUGCUUGUGGAAAACAAUAAAUUAAAGGAAACCAUGAAGGAGAAGAAUCAGGAAAUGAAGGAACGUCUUGAAGAGCUCUUAAAGAGAGAAAAACUGAGGGAGGAACAAGGACAGUCUGAACCUGGAAAUAUAGAAGCAAAGCAGCGCUUGUGUGAACUGAGUCAUGAGAAUGAACUACUGAGGAAGGAAAUACAGCAACUAAAGACAUCGUCUGGCUCUGCUCUUGAGAAUGAAGAAGAAGUAAAGUAUCUGAAGGCUCAGCUUGUACGUCUUCAGGCUGAGAAGGCUGAUCUUCUUGGGAUAAUCUCAGAGCUGCAAGUAAAACUCAGCAGCUACACGUCUGAAGACUCGUUUGUUGAAAUCAGAAUUGCAGGAAAGGAUAUUGGUAUAGACAUCAAGGAAGACCAACUAAAUGAUACAGAUUCAAGUCAUGAUAUUAUUUCAUACAGGACAAGGUCUUCUGAUACUGAGAACCAUGAAAUGGAAACUGAGGAACUGGCAGUGAGCAAACUCCUUCACAGUUUGCGGGAAGAAACCGAAAAAGUAGAACAAUUGCAAAAGGAGCUAGCAAGUGCAAAUGAGAGAUUGUCCAAACUGGAAAAGAAGUCAUCUGAUUUAUCAGACAAAGAAACUGAGACAGAAGCGGCGGAGGAGCAGAGUGAUCCGAAACGUGCAGAGUUUGCAGAGCGGCUGUCUUUUGAAGUGGACAACCUAAAACAGAAGAUUGAGGCGCUGAAUAAAGAGCUUUAUGAAACAAGUGAAAAGUUAAAUGAAGCCCAACUCCUAAAAAACAAUCUUCAGGACAGAUGCUCAUCUCUAGAUAAAAAACUCACAGAAAAUCAGGCUGAUCUGGAUGAGAGACAAACGCUGUUAUAUUCUGUACAGAAAUUAGAGCUUCAGGUGGAAAGCCUGCUGUCAGAGAUGAAAAUGGAGCAGGGCAAGAGAGAGGAACAGCAGAAACUGAUAUCUCAUCUGGAGGCCGCAUUGAACAAGCAGAGGGCCGACUAUGAGUUACUAAAAGAAGCUGAGUCUGAAAAGGUGCCAAAAAUACAGUUUCUUGGGAUGCAGAAAAAACUCGAUGACUGUGAGAAAGCCUUGGCUAAGAAGCAGUUUGAGAUUGAUGAGAUAAAAGAGCUGGCUGCCAAAUACCAGACAGAUUCAGAGACCAUCGAUGUUCUUCGUGCUCAGAUUGAGAUUUACUGUAGUGAUUUUCAUGCGGAGAGAGAGGCCAGACAAAACAUUCACCAAGAGAAGGAGCAGUUGGCGGCACAGUUGGCAUAUAUACGUCAAGAGAAUGAAAAGCUAAGGGAGGAACGGGGAAGGCAGUCCAUAGAACAGCUUCAGAGGCGACAUGGCUCUGCGAGAUCAACAGAUAGUAGUGACAAUCCUCCUUUUGUAUCCAGAGGAGCAGAAAACAUGGAGCAGCCCAGCCUUAUGGUGCACACUUGCCCUAAAUGUCAAUUGUUGGUACCUGACAUGGACACGCUACAGAUUCAUGUGAUGGACUGUAUCACAUAAGAGCAAUGAUUUGUACAGUUUACCUUUCUCUCUCACGAGAUUACGCCAUGGUUCUUAAAUUGUGCGCUAGGUGGACGGCACAGCAUCGGCACUGUAUAUGCUAUGUUUAAUGGGAGCUUGGCUAAUCUAUAGGCACUGAUUUUCUGUACAUAGUUUACACUUCUUCAGAUCACAUAAUACCGGACAACCAAGUGUUACCACAGUCUUCUGUUCACCAAUCAGGGUGCAACUUUGUCUGAGAAACUAACUAGACCUACAGUACAAAUAACUUACCUGAACCUGGGCAAAAUGCAGGUGAAAGGACAAAAGAUAAUAAAGUUUCUAUGUGUUAUACCA